AUGGCUACAGGCCAACAAAACAAAGCUCCCCAGAGCCGUCGGGUGGGGGAGCAUUGGAGUGGUGCCAAUCCCAUUCCAACAAUUCAUCAUUUUAUGGAACAUCUCGAUGCCGAAAAGAAGGAACGCGAUACCAGGAUAGAUGAAGAACAGCAGAUUAAGAAGCAGGAAGCUGCACGCUCCAAGGCACAGGAGAAAUCGGGAGAGACAGCUGAGAAGCAAGAUGGCGAUGCUGUCGCCCAUAAAGCACGCGAGGUCUCCCAAGCCAAGAUACGUACUGUGACGGAUCCGACGACGGGCAAGGAUAUCGGGGUGGAGGAUCAAGAUGAAACAUCUAUGGAAGCCGUAAAGAACCCCAUGUUGACGGUCCCGAAUGCCAAUCUUGGGCGAGAAACGCACGUCCAAACAGAUGCCAAUCAAGACCUCCCCGAAUAUAAGGAAAACCAAGACAUCACAGCACCCCCUGAUCCCAUCGCUGAAGGAACCACCUCCGAUGUCCCUAUUCGAGGGGAAAAAACCAAUGUUCUUUUCCACCCCACGCCGACUGUUUCAUACCAACCCAUGUUUGACGAGCUGCAGAAGCGUGCAACGGGGCUUUGCAUUGGAAUUCUUGCCGCAAUCAUCAUACUUGGACGUAUGUUUGGAGGAUCACUUUGGGGCCUGAUUCCCUUGUCAGCAUGUAUCGCGUCGGGUGUAUGGCUAUGGAUGCAGGAGGUUGUUCGCAGCGGUAGAGAAAUGGAAUGGAGCAGUGAACACAUGCGUGGCCAAAUGGCCACUGCCAAUCUCCUUCCAGAGUCCGUUGAGUGGAUGAACAGUUUCCUCGGUGUUAUUUGGGGACUCGUGAAUCCAGAGAUGUUGACGCCCAUGGCAGACACCAUUGAAGAUAUUAUGCAAGUGUCUGCGCCGAAGGUUGUUGAGAAUGUGCGCAUCGCAGAAAUCGAUCAGGGUAGCAACCCAUUGAGAAUCCUGAGUAUGCGAGCUCUUCCAGACGAACAUGUGCAAGAUCUGAAGGACAACAUCCACGAGGAGAACAAGAAGAACAAAGAUCCACAAGAAGCCGCCGCUACCGAAGAAGGAGGUAGCUAUUACAACAUGGAGGCAUCAUUUGCCUAUCAUGCGAAACCGAGUUCUCAGAGUGCCUCAUCGAAAGCUCGCAAUAUGCACAUGCAGCUGGUCUUCUACCUUGGUAUUCGAGGCUUGUUUGGUGUGCCAUUUCCAGUCUUCGUGGAAUUGAUUGAAUUGGUUGGAACUGUCCGCAUGCGCUUCCAGAUGAUGCCCGAAGCACCCUUCAUGAAAGAUGUGACCUUCACUUUAGUUGGCAUUCCCCACGUUAGAGCGAGCUGCAUGCCGAUGGUUCGAAAAGGAGUCAAUGUUCUCAAUCUCCCUCUCAUCUCAAACUUUGUCAACUCAGCCAUCGCGACUGCAUGCGGGAUGUUUGCAGCUCCUAAGUCAAUGACUAUGGAUCUUGGCAUGAUGCUCACAGGUGACGAUAUCCACAAGGAUACUUUGGCUUUGGGUGUGAUGUGGGUUCGCAUCCACCGUGCAGUCGGCUUGAGCAAACAAGAUGCUCGCGGAAGCGAGGGCGGCGGCAGCGAUCCAUAUAUCAACUUGUCUUUCUCCAAAUACGGAAAGCCAAUGUAUUGUACUCGAGUCAUCACCGACGAUCUCAACCCUAUGUGGGAAGAGACUGCUGCCCUUUUGGUGACACCUGAGCUGAUCAAAGCCGACGAGAAUCUGAGUAUCGAGCUUUGGGAUUCGGACCGCAACACCGCCGACGAUAUUGUUGGUAAGGUCGAAUUACCUAUCCGCGAAAUGUUGCAGCAUCCCAGCAGAAUGUACCCCCAAGUCUCCAAACUUCAGGGGAUGGAUGAUGGUAGCGAGAUGCCUGGUCAACUGCAUUGGGAAGUUGGAUAUUUCGGAAAGCCCAAACUUCGCCCAGAGUUGCGUAGCGAUGGCCAGAAGAAAGAUCUUCCUGAAAACCUCAAGGGUGAUCCGACAUUUGAAGACGAAAAGGGUAAUAUCAAUAAUGACGAAGAAGAUGCUGUUAUGCAUACUCCGCCGGAUCCCAUAUGGCCCAGUGGUAUUGUGCACAUUGUUGUGCACCAGAUUGUCAAUCUGCAACUUGCCAACAUUAAGGGUAGUGAUGGAAACCGCAAGGGCAAGGAGUAUGAACCGGCAAAGCCCUACGGUGAAAACACCGAGGAGCAGGGUGACGACCUGCCCACAAGUUACUGCAAGGUUUUGUUGAAUGAUCAACUAGUUUACCGCACUCGUGCGAAGGCUGUCAGCUCCAACCCUAUCUUCAAUGCAGGAACUGAGCGCUUCGUUCGUGACUGGCGCUCGGCUAUGGUAACUAUCACCGUGCGUGACCAACGCUAUCGCGAGCACGACCCAAUUUUGGGCGUGGUUCCUCUCAAGCUGUCCGAAAUUCUGCAGACCAGCUCGCAAGUGACCCGCUGGUAUCCUCUUGAUGGUGGGAUUGGAUUUGGACGUAUUCGGAUUUCUCUUCUUUUCCGACACGUCGAGACCAAACUCCCUCCACAUAUGCUUGGUUGGGACGUCGGCACCUUUGAGUUUGCCGGUGACAAAAUCACCGCCCAAAACUUCGGUCACCACAGCAAGAUCAAGUUGCGCACUGGUGGUAGCGUUGGCAAGAUCAGCCGACAAAAGUGUCAUAUGGAUGGCAAUGAUGCAGUGUUUGAUACGUCUGACGAGACUUUCCGCGACUCAUUGCGUAUGCCUGUGAAACACCGAUACCGCUCCCCCGUCGUGUUCGAAUUUCAUACAAAGGGCAAGCGUGGUGCAUUUGCCUACGCGGUCUACUGGCUCCAGCAUCUCGUCGACAACGAGGAAACAGCCAUCGACGUUCCCAUCUGGACAACGAAGAUGGGCGCACGUUUGACCCAGAAUUAUAUCACAGAGGAGAACUGGCGAGCCAAGAAGGUACCAGGCCUCGAAGACUUAACAGAGGUCGGGCGCCUCCAAUUCCGAUGCAAGUUCUCACCGGGCAUUGACGAAUCGCACGAGAAGUUCGUCGUUGACAAUGACUCGCGUGAGACCUUUGAGACCUGGGAAGCAUGUAUGUCACAGGGUGUGCGUUCCCGGAGCGUGCACGUUGAAGUCCCCGAGGAGGUGCAGCAAAAGCACGAGCAGUCCCUGAUCGACGGUCGGGACGUGUUGAAACAAGCUUCUCCCUCUGAGCGUCGGCGCUGGAUUGACUAUGGCGGCAAUGACUGGAGCGGUGCUUUCGGCCAAGAUCCACGUGCAUACACCGACGAAGUUGGACGCAAGGUUGCUGAGCCUGGUCUAGACGAGCCUCGACACGACCCUUACACCCCACCACCGCUGAAGGAUCAACCUGCGUCACACCCUACUGUUGGUGAGCACGAUGAGACCUCGGACUCUGAAGAAGAUGAAGAUUCUUCGCUGUCCACGGGGCCCUCGACUGUAAGUGGCACUGGUAAAAGCGGAGCUGAUGCUUCGUCAUCACAGGCCAGCGUUAGUACCAGUCAGGUGAACAAAGCGAACAAACGCAGUGAGCAGCGGCAGCAGCGUGGUCUGAUGCAAUGGCGCCCUGCCCGGAAUGCCGCUUUUGCUAAAGACGAGGCUAAGUUCGCGCUCCGCAAGAUGAAGAAAAAACUUGGCGCUGGUGACCUCACUGGUCGCGAGCCAGAUGUUGAGACAGAGACUUAG